AUGGAGAAAGCAGAGAGCUCCACCGCCUCCACCUCCGACCAAGACUCCGACGAAAAGCACCGCACACAACACCACCUAACAGUUCCAUCAGGUCUAACUCAACACGAGUUCGACUCACUCAUCUCUUUCGUCGUCGAACACCACACCUACCUCAUAGGUCCCGGCCAAUGCUCCACCUUACUCGCUCAACGAAUCCACGCGCCACCUGAAACCGUCUGGUCCGUCGUACGCAGCUUUGACAAACCGCAAAUCUACAAACACUUCAUCAAAAGCUGCUCUCUCAAAGAAGGUUUUCAAAUGAAAGUUGGUUGCACCAGAGACGUCAAUGUCAUCUCCGGUCUCCCGGCGGCAACUAGUACCGAGAGACUCGACGUUCUCGAUGACGAACGCCGUGUCACCGGAUUCAGUAUCACCGGCGGUGAACACCGCUUGAGAAACUACCGUUCUGUUACCUCCGUUCACGGUUUUGAUGACGGUGACGGUGAGAUCCGGACGGUUGUUCUGGAAUCUUAUAUAGUUGAUGUUCCUGAAGGUAACACCGAAGAGGAUACGCGUCUUUUUGCUGAUACCGUUGUGAAGCUUAAUCUUCAGAAGCUGGCGUCUGUCACCGAAGGAAAGAACCGUAACGGUGACGGUAAGUCACAUUAG